AUGCUGCGGGCGCUGUGUCGGAGCGGUGGAUUAUUGCUGAAGCAAAGCCAGCAGACGGCCCCCAGGCUGUGGGUGACUCCAGCACAGCAGAGAUGGGCGUCCAGUUUACCCAUGAACACUGUGGUUCUGUUUGUGCCUCAACAAGAGGCCUGGGUCGUGGAGAGGAUGGGACGUUUCCAUCGCAUCUUGGAGCCGGGUUUGAACUUUCUCAUACCUGUCCUUGAUCGGGUUCGCUAUGUACAAAGUCUAAAAGAAAUUGUAAUUGAUGUCCCUGAACAAUCUGCAGUAUCUUUAGAUAAUGUAACAUUACAAAUUGAUGGAGUGCUUUAUUUAAGGAUCCUGGACCCAUUUAAGGCCAGUUAUGGAGUUGAAGACCCAGAGUAUGCCGUCACUCAGCUGGCACAAACCACCAUGCGUUCAGAGCUGGGAAAACUUACCUUGGAUAAAGUUUUCAGGGAAAGGGAAUCACUCAAUUCAAACAUCGUCCACUCCAUCAACCAAGCAUCAGACGAGUGGGGAAUCCGCUGUCUUCGUUACGAAAUUAAAGACAUCCAUGUUCCACCCCGUGUCAAAGAGUCCAUGCAGAUGCAGGCACAAGCAGAGCGUAAAAAAAGAGCCACAGUGCUGGAGUCUGAAGGAAGCAGGGAAGCCGCCAUUAACGUGGCUGAGGGCCGGAAACAAUCUCAGAUCCUUGCUUCAGAGGGAGAAAAGGCUGAGCAGAUCAAUCAAGCUGCUGGUGAGGCUCAGGCAGUGCUGGCCAAAGCUGAGGCAAAAGCUAAGGCCAUUCGUUUACUUUCAGACGCUUUGACUGAACAGAAUGGAAAUGCUGCUGCGUCUCUCAGUGUGGCUGAGCAGUAUGUGUCUGCUUUUUCAAAUCUGGCCAAACAGAGCAACACCAUCCUUCUACCUACAAACACCGGGGACAUUAGUGGAAUGGUUACACAGGCAAUGACCAUCUAUAGUACAUUGGCAAAGACAAAUACAACGAUUCCAACGUCAGCAGCCAAACCAGACAAGGACACACUUUCCCCGGCUACAAGGAUGAAGUGGUUCCCCGUGCUGUCCCUCCUCUCUUGGUCGUGUGCCGUGUACAUCACUGGAAUCUACCUGUUUGUGGGGGGCUUCCUGCUGGUCCGACUGGAGGUGAACCGGACCAGCAGCUGCCUGGAUGCCCUCUAUCCCGGACAGGAGCCAGAAAGGGACUUCUGCAAGGGACAGCCACGUUUCCACAAAGCCGUCCUCCUCAUAAUCGAUGCCUUGAAGAUCGAUUUUGCGCGUUAUGACGCCAACAAGACGUCGCCGAGGCCUUACGAGAACAAGCUGCCCGUGUUGGAGGAGACGGUGUCCGCCAAGCCGUCACACAGCCGCUUGUAUCCAUUCAGAGCUGAUCCGCCGACCACCACCAUGCAGAGGAUAAAGGGCUUCACCACAGGCUCGCUCCCCACGUUUAUAGAUGUAGGAAACAACUUUGCUUCAAGUGCCAUUCUAGAAGACAAUCUCAUUCAGCAGCUGGGUCAAGUUGGUAAACGAGUGGUGUUCAUGGGGGACGAUACAUGGGAGAAUCUCUAUCCCAAACGCUUCCACCGCUCGUUGCCUUUUCCGUCCUUCAACGUAAAGGAUCUACACACUGUGGACGACGGGAUUCUACAGAACAUCUACUCCACAUUGGAAGGUGAUGACUGGGACGUUCUUGUCGCUCAUUUCCUGGGAGUGGAUCACUGCGGGCACCGGUUUGGCCCGGACCACCCGGCCAUGGCCGACAAACUCACCCAGAUGGACGGGGUCAUCAGGUCUGUGAUGCGACGUCUCCAGAAUGACACGCUGCUGGUGGUGAUGGGUGACCACGGGAUGACGGACACUGGAGAUCACGGAGGGGAGAGCCAAAAGGAGACGGACGCGGCCAUUUUCAUCUACAGUCCCUCGGCCGUGUUCCAACAACCUCAAGCCCAGCUGGAGCCUGAAGUGGUGCCUCAGACAGACCUGGUUCCCACGCUCGCUCUGCUCCUGGGAAUCCCCAUUCCCUUCAGCAGCGUGGGACAAGUGCUGCUGCCUCUGUUUCCUCCACAUGGACAGAGUGCAGUGGGUGCUCUCAGCCAGCAGGAGGCACUGUGGAUCAACGCAAAACAGGUGAACCGUUUUCUGGAGACCUACUCCAGCAUGGCCAAAGACAUUGCCCCCGAGACCUUGUCCCUGCUGCAGUCUCAGUUCUCCCGCCUGUCCUCAGAAUACGUCUCGGCUCAACAAAAGGGCCUGCUCUCCUCUCCACAUAUCACUGCUGCUCUACAAGCCUACCUCACCUCCGUCCGGGACACCUGCCGCGCCACGUGGGCCAAGUUCAACCCUCUCAAAAUGGCCGCCGGCUUGUUCAUCUUAGCCCUGGCUUGUGUUGCGUGCUUGCACUGGGCUGUCAGCGGGACUCCGGAGGACAGUUUCAAGAACCUCUCUGAGCUAAUCGGCCUGGCGCAGCUUGCCUUACCCCGGGCUGCGUAUUGUUUUCUAACCGCGGGCUUGUUGCUUAUCUGGCUUGACCCCCUCACGGUGUUUAUCAAGUCCAAAACAGCCACGCAAAACAGACCGGCGCCAAGGCUUCCUCCCCGCUACAGGGCAAGCAUCGGGAUAAGCCCCCAAGCCGAACUGCAUCACCUGAUCCCGCAGAUUUACCAGCAGAUGCGGCAGUCCCUGGAUGACGGGGAGACGAGCGGGGAGGGAGGCGAGGACAGCAGGCCCGCGGUGGAGGCGUACGGGCUGGGGACGGUCUACUCUGCGCCUCUGCUGCUGCUCUGUGGGAUGCUGGGGCUGGUGCUGCUGCUGCUGCAUCCGGAGGGCAUGUCGUUGGCCUUCCUGCUGCUGCUGGUGGAGGCCGGAGCGCUGCUGCACAUCCACGCCUCUGCCUGUAACCUGAGCAGGACGCAAGCAGCUGCAGGUGGGUUCAAUGUGCCCUGGACCCCCGUGGUGCUAUGGGCUCUUUCUGCCACUCAGUUCUUCCAUGCCACCGGCCACCUGCCCACAUUCCCCUCCAUCCAGUGGGGGGCAGCGUUUGUGGGUUUCCCCGAUGGCCACAGUGGCACCGCUCUGCCGGCAGCUUUGGUCACACUCAACACGUUCUCUUCUCACAUCCUCUUAGCCGUUUCUUGCCCGCUGCUGCUGCUCUGGCCGCUGGUGUGUGAAGUGCACUCGGGCAGAGGAGGCAGAGCCGGUGGGGAUGAAGUGGACGACGCCGUGAUGGAGAUCCGGCUCAGAGAAAGCCCACAGCAGUUCAGCUCUGCUCUGCUGCAGCUGUCGGCAAGAUACCUCUUUGUUCAGGGAGCACAGGUGUUUGCGUCGGUCUGCGCAGCUGCCAUCCUCAGGAGACAUCUAAUGGUGUGGAAGGUCUUCGCACCCAAGCUGAUGUUCGAAGCGUCUGCGUUCAUCGUCACCAGUGCCUCCUUGCUCCUGGGCGUCACAUUUGUGCUGAGAACAGACUCUGCCGUCACGCACUGGUUCAAAAGACUGGUCCCCGACGCGUCCAGUUCGCCACAUUUCGCCACAUUCAAUGUUGACAGGGAACCCCCUUCAUCUGGGCUUUUCGAAGUGGGCCCAAGCCCACCUCAAGCAAGGAUGAAAUGCAACAGUUGCCACGGCCAGACUGCACCUAAAGCCUGA